UCGGAUACCGCCGCCGCUGAAUAAAGUACUAAAGUGGGGCCAAACGCUUCCGUUGUCCAAUCUGGCAUAUUCGCCCAUUCUUUGCAAAUUGCCAGCAUCGACUCGACGACUCCUACCCAAACUGCUUCCUUCAUUUUUAUUUCAUUUUAAAAAGAAAACUGCUUCCUUCCUUUUCUUUAAUUCAUUUCAAUUCCAAUUUCUACUUCUCCGAUCGAGCACAUUCAAACCCUAACAAUGGCAGAUCCCAAAUUUGGACCGAUCCACCCUCCAUCAGAUAAAGUACAAACACCCAAUUUGUUUGAAAGGGCAAAGGAAGAGAUUGAAGCAAUAAUAAACCAGGGAGAAAAAUCACCAGCACAUGCUCAUCACAAGGAGACUCAUGGGAUGAGGAAUGACAUCGAUGCGGAAACCCCAUUGGAGGAUGUUAGAGCUCCAAAUUUGUUUGAGCGAGCAAAAGAAGAGGUUGAGGCUCUAAUCCAAACAAUCCAUCAUAAGGAGGAGUCUUCAACUUAUGGAGGAAGGGGUGAAGAUAGGAAGGAGGUCCACAAUCAGCAGAAACCCUUUUCUACUUCAGAUAUCCAUGUGGAGACACCCACUUUUAUUGAGAAAGCCAAGCAAAAGAUUGAACAAUUCAUACACCCUGAGAAGUCUCCUCACCACCACCAUCAUAGAGAAAUCCAUGGUUUGAGUGAUGACAUUGACGAGAACACCCCAAUCGAUAUGGUGAAGGGGCCAAAUGUUUUUGAAAGAGCAAAAGAAGAAAUUGAGGCUGUUUUAGAGACAAUUAUUCAUAAGAAAAACCUUUAGAAAUAUUUUUUUUGGGCCCAACGAAAGGCCUCGAAUAUUUAUGGUGGUCGUUUGUUUGUGAAAUAAAAGUGUGGAGCUUGGAAUCAAGGAUGUAUAGACAAGUGUUGUCAUUACUUACUAUGAUUGUACUUAAAGGCUAAAUGAUUCUUUUGUCUUGA